AUUCGUUCGGUGGGCGCGUGACGGGCAAGUUCUGGUGUUUUCCUUUUUGUGUGCGUAAAGCGCCGCUCGCUCGUUCUCAACACCUCGUUCGGUCAACGUGCACAAGUUUCGGUAGGCGGCUUUUGGGUCCCUUUUUUCGUCCCUGAUGGAUAGCUUGCGGUUGGUUCCGGUGGCUUUAGCGGCCGUUUUCGUCCUGCUAGCGAUCAACUACAGUGAUGCCCUGUUUCCGUCGGUUUUGCGCGCAUGCCCACGAAACUCGACCGAUCUGGACCAGUGCAUCAUCGAUGUUGUAAACGAGCUGCGGCCACGUCUCGCGACCGGUGAUUUUGGUGAAAACUUUACCAUCACCUCGCUGGAACCCAUCAAAAUCGAUCGGUUGACGAUCGAGCGGGGUGAAAACUUUAAGGCGAACUUUACAAACUUCCGGAUCAGCGGUGCGACGCACGAGAAGACGGGUUUCAUCGUGAAAAAGCUGAAGACCGAUCUGAAGACGCGUCAGAUCAACGCCACACUGCUGCUGCCGAAGCUGCAGGUCAACUCGAAGUAUUCGCUGAAGAUGAGCAUCCUGGUGUUGCAGAUCAACGGUGAUGGAAACCUGCAGGUGAACUUAACCGACACGAAAGUGAGCCUGAAGUUGACGUUCUUCACGGAGAUGAUUGACGGAGAGGAGUACUUCCGGUUCAACCCGAUCGUGCUGCGGGUUAAGUUCGGCAAGGCGCGGUUCUACCUGAAGAAUCUGUUCAACGGUGACCCCACGCUCGAGAUGAUUGGCAACCAGGCGAUCAACGAGAACCCGGACGUGCUGCUGGACGAGGUGAAGGGCGGUAUCGAGGAAAAUCUGGCCAAGCUGUUCACGAAAAUCGCCACCGAGGUGGUGAAGGACGCGCUGUUCGAGGAGGUGUUCCCUUGGAGUUGAGAAGCGUUCUCAGGUCGCGUGAUAAUGCAACGAAAUGAUAGGAAAAACCACGAUUCAAAACAAACGGUUGAUAUUUGAGAGGGUUUAUGUUUAAAAUGCGUUUGGUUGAUGUUCCUUGAGAUCUGUUGCGGUUGUUGUAUCGAUUCGAGUGCAAGAAAGCAAAGCAAUAAAUAUGAACAUCAUUUUUCU